AGACAGCCCAGUAUUUCCCAGUAUGCCCCGGGGGUUUUAUGACGCAUGCGCAGUAUCAGAAGUGACAUUUUUCGUGCGAAGUCGUUUCACGACUGACAAAAAUCUAUUUUUACUGAAUUCCACUGCGGUUUGGGGGCGAACGGAGUGAUUUCACCCGCUAUUUCUGAUUUUUAUGGACCCGUGAUGUAAGGUGUGAGGACUGAAGCCAGCAUGAGUGACGACAUUGAGAAAUUCAUAGAACAGCAGAAAAAGAAGAUAUCUGCAGAGAGACAGGAGCUCGGGAUUCCGGCUGACCCUGAUAUCAGCCCAUCUCAUGGUGUCACAAAUGGGCCAUCGAAGGAGAACAUCCCUCCAACGCAGGGCAGCAAGAGAGACUCUGGAGGGCCAGUUGAGUUUGGAGGGUUGAAGUUGGGUGGUUAUGAGGAUCACAGAAGGAAACUUCAGGAAGAAAGGAAAAGGGAGUACAACCAGCUGUUAAAUGAGAAGAAGUUCCGAUCCACUGGAGUAAGUUCGAGGAUUCAGGAGAUUGAACAUGCAAACAAGUCUAUGUCAAGGAGCUCGAGUGAACCCCAGGGAUUAAAUCGUGACCAGGGCAGCCACACGUUUCCUCCCCGGCGACGAGACACCAGCCCUCUCGGCAAGGAAACGUAUGAUGACAUCUUAAAACGGAAGCGAGAAGAAGAGGACAGGUAUCGUCGCUUGGAUGAUCCAGAGAUGAUCACCGACAGAAGAAGGGAUGACAGACUCCGUGACCAUCCCCUCAGAGCAUCCAGAAGUGAUGGCUUCCUCAAUGAGCCGGAUGAUCGUCGGCACAGACCAGAGUCAGGUUGGUUGGAACAGCUAGGCCAUGACAGGCAGAAGUGUGAGUUGUGCCAGCGCAGAGCCAGGCUUAGGGGAGAAUGGGAUCAGGACUAUGACCGGAAGGUGAAUCGCCUGGAUGAUGACUAUGGCAGCAGGCAUGUCCGUUUCAGGGACAGGGAUGACUAUGUAGAUUCUGACCAACGGGACUGGAGUCGUAGCAGGGCAGGGAGGAGAAGGGACCUCAACUCAGCUGAAGGAGACAGACCAUCAAGAGAAAAGGAUGACAAGGACCGUGCCCACUCUGCCCCUCCUGAAGACGGCUUUGCCAUUGGUAAUGAGGAGCGAGCAAGUGCUGUGCGGCGAAGGAAGGAUGCUUACCGACAAGAUCUUAUGCGGCAAAUGGCCGACAAUGAAAGGGCUAGGAAAAAAGAGAAGACUAGAGACAUGAGAAUUAAUGCCAGUGGAGAGAAUGACCCAGAGAAAUUGACAAGUGUUCCUGAGGAGGAGCCUGGUAGAAUCCGGGACCUUCCACCCACUAACCGCCAGAACAACAGACAGAGAGGGCGGGACACGUCUCCGUAUCGGCCGUACCACACCUUGGACGAUGAACCUGAAGGUCGAGACAGGCGACAAGAAAGACAAAGGACCCCUCCUUACAGACCCCAGCAGGCAUUUGCAACACCACCACCUCAGCCUCAGAGAGGCCUUGCCCCCCAGCCCAUGGGGUAUAUACAACCUGGAGUAGUGCCUGCCAACCCCUACUUCAUGGGAGCUCCCAUGAUUCCAGUGGCAGCUCCUCUUGGUCCGUAUCGCACACCAUAUGAUGAUGCCUACUACUACUAUGGCAUGAGACACCCGCUGGAUCCUAACACAGGGACUACAGGUGGUGCAGUUCCUCCGCCAGGUGGCCCAGUUCCUCCCUUGACUACCUUGGCAAAUGGCCCUACGGACUCUCUCCCUGUCCCUUCUAUCAGUGUACCAGGCCUAUCACCACGGGGACCAGAGUUUACCAGGGAGGAUGCUGCCAGAAAACGUACAGAGAGUCGUAUUCAGGACAUGGUUGCUGACGAUGAUACAAGGAAGAGCCAGGAGGCUAUACAAAAGCAGCGGCAGUAUCAGGAAGAGCUGAAGGAACAGAUGAGGCUGAGAGACAUCAAGAAACAGAAAGAAAAGGAGGAGAAAGAGAGAUAUGACCGAAAGUUGGAAGCAGAAGCCAUGAACUAUAACCCCUGGGGUAAGGGUGGAGGGGGGGCACCACUCAGGAACAAUGAUGGGAAGGUUGUAGCGGACCUGCGGAAGAUGCAUAUUCAGAAUGAGGAAGACCAGCUCAGUCCACGGAAUGAAUACUCUGACAAACCAGUGGUUAAUCUGGAGGUCAACAUGGCCAGUCUGACAGAGCCUCCUCGACCUCCACCUAAGGAGUCCCAAGACCAUGAUGCCAUUGCCCAGUUCCUGACCAGUCAUGGUCAGAAUGUGGGUAACAGGACACAGUACCCAGGAGAUGAUGGCAGCAGAGGCAGCAACAAUGCUCCGGAAGCCCUCAACAUGUACACGUACAAGUCACCAUUUGCUCGCAAGAACAAGGUGUUUGAAGAUGAAGGCGAUGAACAGAAGUCUCAGAGGGAUGAGUACCAAUCAGAACUGCAGAGACAGGUUGAAGAGAAGAAGCGGAGGCAGGAAGAAGAGAAGAGGAAGCAGAAGGAGGAAGAGGAGAGGGAGGAGCGACGCUUGGCUGAACAGCGGGAGAGAAUGCAGCAGGAAUACGAGGCAGAACAGAGGAAACAGAGAGAGAAAGAGGAAGAGGUGAAGAGAAAGAAUGAGGAGUUGAAGAAGCUGGCAGAAGAGAGAAGGCAGGAGGUUGAGAGGAAGAAGAAGGAGGAGGAUGAGAAGCAUGAUCAGGAGAGAAGACGACAGCUGGAUGAGGAAGACAGGAGAAGGAGGGAGGAGCAACAAGUGAGAAAAUGUGUCAUAAACAUUUAGAAAAUACUGUAUAUC